GAUUAUACAACCGCUAAGUUGUGCCGAUAGUCUGCCAAUAACCUGCCGUUCUGUUAUAUACGCGUGACCGGUGCUGUUCACCGGGCAUUGUCGUGAGGCGCAUCUACUUCCGCGAUCUCGGACGACGAACGAGCAAUCGUAAUCGGCGAGAUGAGCGACGACUUCCCAUAUCGCGCGGAAUACGCGAAAAGCGAUCGUUCCAAAUGUCAAGCUUGCAAACAACCUAUUAGCAAGCUCAGUCUGAGGAUCUCUACUGUUGUUCAGAGUCCAGUUCAUGAUGGAAAAAUAGACAGAUGGUAUCAUGUGAAGUGCUUCUUCCUGAAACAGAGGCCAAAAUCUACUGCAGAUAUUGCUGGCUUUGAUGAAAUUCGUAAUGAUGAUCAAGACGAAGUUCGAAAGAAAAUUGAAGAAUGUCUCAAAACUACUGCUCCAACAUCUGGAAAAGGAAGAAAAAGAACCAAAGCUGCUGGCGCUGGCGCUGGGUCUGGGUCUGGAGAUUUCAAGGUAGAAUAUGCCAAAUCUAAUAAAUCUACUUGCAGAGGAUGUAAUGAGAAGAUAAUAAAGAGCGAAAUUAGAAUAUCAAAGAAAGAUUAUGAGAGUGAGGAAGCUAGAAGAUUUGGUGGUCUGGAUAGAUGGCAUCAUGUAGAGUGUUUUGCAAAAUUACGAGCAGAUUUGGGAUAUUAUGGAAGAGGAGAUGAGCUUUCAGGUGCCAAAGAACUCUCAAAAGAAGAUCGGGAAAGUCUUAAAACAGCACUGCCCAAAAUAACCGAAGGAGAAAUACCACCUCCUCCAAAAAAGGUAAAAGAUGAACCGGAAGACAAAGAGGAACUGGAAUUGAUGAAGAAACAGAAUGAGGAGUUAUAUACAAUAAGAGAUCAAAUUUCCGGUCUUGGAAAAAACAAAUUGAUUGCAAUAUUGGAAAAAAAUCGCCAGGAAGUUCCAACAGGAGAAUCAAACAUCUUGAAUCUGUUAUCCGAUAUAUUAUAUUUUGGAGCUUUAGAACCUUGUCCAAAAUGUAAGGGGCAGCUUACAUAUAGUUCGGGCUUGGGUUAUAAAUGUACUGGUAAUGUAACAGAGUGGACUAAAUGCGAGUAUGUUACCCAAGAUCCAAAAAGAAAGAAGUGUGAAAUACCAAGCGAUAUGAAGAAAGAGUUUCCAAUUAAAUCGUACAAGUCCAAGGUAAAAAAACGUGUGUUUAAAGUAACUGCGUCAUCAAGCUCUAUCAAAAAAGAAGAGGAUGAAGCAGAUGGACCAAAAGUACAAGGAAGACCACGUCCUUUGAGGGACAUGCAGUUUCUUAUUUUGGGAAAAACAGAAAAAAAUAAGGAAGAACUAAAAAAAGAGAUUUUAUUGUUAGGCGGUGUUGUUACCACAAAAAUUCAUCAAGACUUGGCUGCUGUAAUUUCAAAUCAGAAUGAAGUGGACAAAAUGAACAAAAGAAUGGAAGAAGUUAAAUCUCACGAUAUUCAAGUAGUAACGGAAGAUUUUAUACAGGAAGCAAAAGAAUAUACAGAUGCUCCCAUUAUGCUCUUAAAGAAUAAAACUAUCUCCAGCUGGGGUGGCGAUAUAAAUGCCCGACUUUCCAAUAUUAUUGCAAAAUCAGGCGCUUCCAAGAGCAAAAGCAGAUUUGAAAAAUCGAGUUCUGGCAAGGUAAAGGUGCAAGUAAAAGGUGGCGGAGCUGUUGAUCCUGAUAGUGGAUUGGCAGACUGCGCGCAUAUUUAUCAGGACGGUAAAAAUAAUUACACCGCGACACUAGGUUUGACAGACAUACAGUCAAAGAAGAAUAGUUAUUACAAGAUACAAAUUUUGAAGCACGAUAAGCGCGAUAAGUAUUACUUGUUUCGAAAUUGGGGCCGAAUCGGUACUACAAUAGGUGGCAACAAGUUGGAAUCAAUGCCGCUGCGAGAAUGUAUAGAACAGUUCGAGGAAUUGUAUCUCGAGAAAUCUGGUAAUACUUGGGCGAAUAGAAAACACUUCGUUAAGGUGCCCGGCCUGAUGUAUCCGAUCGAUAUAGAUCAUGGAGACGAGGAAGUUGUUUCUCUGGAUUCUGAUAUCAAGAGUAAUCUGAAGGAACCAAUUCAGGAUCUGAUGCGUCUUAUCUUCGAUGUGAAUGAGAUGAAGAAAGUUAUGCUGGAGUUCGAAUUAGACAUGGAUAAAAUGCCGCUCGGAAAACUGUCUAAGAAGCAAAUUGAGAAAGCUUAUUCAGUCUUAACGGAAUUGCAAGAGAUAAUGAAGAAGAGCAAUCCAGAACGCCUCACAUUGAUCGAAGCGUCCAAUAAAUUUUAUACACUGAUACCUCACAAUUUUGGUAUUUCCGGACCAAAAAUUCUCGACAAUCCAGAUGAGAUUAAAAACAAAUGCGACAUGCUGGAUGCGUUGCUCGAGAUGGAAAUUGCCUACAAUCUUUUGCGUGACAAGACUGACGAGAAAGAGAAUCCGCUCGACAGUCACUACAAGCAGCUGAAGACGGAUAUUGAUGUAUUGGACAAAACAAGCGAGGAAUACAAGAUGAUUGAAAAAUACGUCAAGAAUACUCACGCGUCUACUCACACGCAAUACGAGCUCGAGAUCGAGGACGUGUUUGUCGUCAAGAGACAAGGCGAAGAGCAGAGAUACAAACCCUUCAAGAAGCUGUCCAACAGAAAGUUGCUCUGGCACGGAUCCAGAACUACAAAUUUCGCGGGAAUAUUGUCGCAAGGUUUGCGCAUUGCGCCUCCAGAAGCGCCCGUUACGGGUUACAUGUUCGGCAAGGGUAUUUACUUCGCCGAUAUGGUGUCCAAGUCUGCAAAUUACUGCUGUACGCACAGUGGGAAUCCAACUGGUCUGUUGCUGCUUUGUGAGGUCGCUUUGGGUAAUAUGUACGAGAGAUAUCAUGCGGACUACAUCGAGAAGCUACCUAAAGGUAAACACUCGACAUUGGGUCGCGGUCGGACUCAACCUGAUCCUCAGAAUGUCUAUAAGACAGAAGACGGCGUUGAAGUCCCCUUGGGAACAGGUGUACCUGCUGAUCUUAAUAAACCAUUGGCAUUAUUAUACAACGAAUACAUCGUAUACGAUGUAGCUCAGGUAAAAGUGCGCUACUUGAUAAGAAUGAAAUUCAAAUACAAAUAUUAAAACCAUAUAAUGGAAAAAAACCAGUGGUGCUCAAGGUCCCAUUUAAGUUACACUUUUCUUGUGGGUUUAUUUUUUAUUUCAUAUUAUUUGAUACUCCGUUCCAGUGUGAAUUUGAUUUGUGUUGUAUUACUUAAAAAUUUCAUGUUUUGAUUUUAUCAUUCUGUGAUUACUAAAUGUUAUCUAUUUUUCUAUGUGUUAAGUAUAAUUUUCUAAGUUGUACCGUUCAUUAUAAAUUUGUUUGUAUGCACCAAAUGGUCUUUGCUACCUCGAAUGUAAUAAGAUACACAUAAUAAUUA